UUGCGCCGCUGCCUCCACCAAAUCUGCUCUCUUCCGAUCUCUCAUCUCUCCGAUCUCUCACCUCUCCGAUCUCCCUCUCUUUUAAUCUUAUUUCACUGCUCGCCGUUUUUCUAAAGUUUGUGGCGCCGUUCUUCUUCAGAGCGAAUCCUUCCUUUGUGCAGAUCCACCGUUGUUCUUCGCUUCGCUCAAUCGUUCACCGCCACACCGUUCGUCCAUUUCCAUCCUUCGCCUUCGCCCCUUGUCACCGCUGUUCCGUGAGUGUGGUCGUCGCUCAAUCUUUCGCUCUCAUACUCCCUAUCUUCUCCUGUUACCUUCCGUUUCCUCUUCCGAUCCCGUUUGGUUUCAAUUGCAGAGACAUGUAUGGUUUCGAAGCGCUUACAUUUAACAUUCAUGGAGGCUAUUUGGAGGCCAUCGUGCGGGGGCAUAGGGCUGGCUUGCUCACCGCCGCUGACUACAACAAUUUGUGUCAGUGUGAAACCCUAGACGAUAUCAAGAUGCACCUAUCUGCCACCGAGUAUGGCCCUUAUCUCCAAAACGAACCAUCUCCAUUGCAUACAACGACAAUUGUGGAGAAAUGCACCCUUAAACUGGUCGACGAGUAUAAACACAUGUUAUGCCAAGCCACAGAGCCCUUGUCUACCUUCUUAGAGUAUAUCACAUAUGGUCACAUGAUAGACAAUGUUGUACUUAUCGUUACUGGAACCUUGCACGAGAGAGAUGUUCAGGAACUGUUGGAGAAGUGCCACCCUUUGGGCAUGUUUGACAGCAUUGCUACCUUGGCAGUUGCCCAAAAUAUGCGCGAACUUUAUAGAUUGGUGCUUGUUGACACUCCUUUGGCUCCAUACUUCUCGGAGUGUAUCACAUCUGAGGAUUUGGAUGACAUGAACAUUGAAAUAAUGAGGAACACUCUCUACAAGGCAUACCUAGAGGAUUUCUACAGGUUUUGUCAGAAACUGGGUGGUGCGACAGCUGAGAUCAUGUCUGACCUCCUUGCUUUUGAGGCUGAUAGAAGGGCUGUCAAUAUUACCAUAAAUAGUAUUGGCACUGAACUUACCCGAGAUGACCGAAGGAAGUUAUAUUCCAAUUUUGGUUUACUUUACCCCUAUGGCCAUGAGGAACUCGCUAUCUGUGAGGACAUUGAUCAGGUUCGUGGUGCCAUGGAAAAAUACCCUCCCUACCAGUCAAUUUUUUCGAAGUUAUCAUAUGGGGAAAGCCAGAUGCUUGACAAGGCAUUCUAUGAAGAGGAGGUGAAAAGGCUAUGCCUAGCGUUUGAGCAACAGUUCCAUUAUGGUAUUUUCUUUGCAUACAUGAGGUUGAGGGAACAGGAGAUUAGGAACCUAAUGUGGAUCUCGGAAUGCGUCGCCCAGAACCAGAAGUCGAGGGUUCACGACAGCGUUGUCUUCAUAUUUUAGUCCGAUAAGAAAACCGUCUAAUUAAAUCACAUUUGUUUCCAGUUUUUUGCAUACUUUACUGUAAAAUCUUGGCUCCAUCUUAUCUUAUGCUGUGCUGCAGAGAUGGGGGGUUCAUACAUUCAUUCCUUGCAAGAAUUCAUGUCUAAAUAAGUGCUUUUUCCGAUGUAUUACUGGUUUAAAGUUAAAAAUUGAGAAAUUAUUGUACUCAAAAGAAUCAUCAGAUACUGAUACUGUGGGUGUGAAGAAGACGAAAUUGAGUUUAUGUAAUAAGUUUUUGUAUAAA